AUGGCGCCGGCGACGCACUUCACGCCUUCGCAGGCGCACGCCGCGGCAGCCGCCUCCCACCACCCUCCCGCCGCCGCCGCGGCGGCGGCGGCCGCCACGGCCACGGCGACCGCGCGGCUGCACGCGUCGGCGCCCGCGCCGGCCGCGGCGGCGGCGCUCUGCCCGCCCUUCCUCGCCGCGGGCUCCGCGGCGUGCCCGCCCGUGCAGAACCCGAUAUUUAGCGGCCCCGCCGCGCCCUGGGCGGUGCAGCCCCAGCGCGCCGCCUCGUCUGCGCUCGGCCCGGAGUUCCGCCGCGCGCGCUCCACCAAGAACAUCUCCAAGCGCAACAACCGCGGUGGAGGUUCUCAGGACCGCGGCGGGCGCGCGUCCUCGGCAGCUGCCGGGCGCUGUGUUGACAAGCUGCUUCGCGUGGCCCCGGAGGACCGCCGCGCCCUGGGGGUGUCGCUGUCCUCUUUCCGUGGGGAGCUGGUCUCUCCUGAUGAUUACUGCCAUGUCCUCCGGGAGCUCGGCGACAGGGACAAGUCCGCACCCCGUGCACUCGAGGUGUUCCACGCCGCACUGCCCCUUGUUGGCAAUGGCUCCGUCGACAAGGGCAAGCUUUUGACCGCUGCCAUUGGUGCACUCGGCAAGAUGGGACGACCGGACCUUGCAAGAAGAGCUUUCGAAACCGGCAUCGCAGGGGGUUAUGGCAAAACGGUGUUUGCAUACUCUGCACUCAUCUCGGCAUAUGCGAGGAGCGGGCUUGCGAAUGAGGCAAUGGGCGUGCUCGAGUCGAUGAAGGGUGCAGGUUUGCGGCCUACCACCGUCACGUACAAUGCGGUGAUUGAUGCAUGCGGUAAAGGGGGUGUUGACCUCAGGUUCACGCUCGGAUAUUUCCGCCAGAUGCUACGGGAUGGGCUCUGUCCGGACCGCAAGACGUUCAACUCACUUUUGUCUGCUUGUAGUCGUGCAGGGCAUUUGGAGGAUGCCCGUGCUGUCUUUGAUGAAAUGAUCCAUCUCGGCAUUGGGAGAGACAUUUACACGUACAACACGUUUGUUGAUGCAAUCUGCAAGUGUGGCAACAUAGAGCUGGCUAUGCAGGUUCUGUCGGAUAUGGAAGCGAAAAAUGUCAAGCCAAAUGUUGUUACAUACAGUACAUUGAUUGAUGGAUACUCCAAGCUGGAGAAGUAUGAUGAGGCGCUCAAGCUGUACGAGAAGAUGAAGUCUUUGGGAAUGAAAUUGGACCGAGUUUGCUACAAUACUGUGCUGGCUAUUUAUGUGAAGACCGGAAAGUAUGGAGAAAUUGCUAUUGUGUGUGACGAGAUGGAGGACUUGGGGAUUGAGAAAGAUACUGUCACCUACAACUCUUUGAUUAAUGGAUAUGGAAAGCAGGGACGCUUGGAUAUCGUCUCUUUCCUCGUUCAAGAUAUGAGGAGACGGGGAGUAGCUCCUAGUGUACUCACAUACUCAACUUUGAUAGAUAUCUAUUCCAAGGCAGGAAUGCAUGUCGAUGCAUUUAAUGUCUACUUAGAUUUUAAGGAAUCUGGCCUGAAACCCGAUGUUGUUCUGUUCAGCUCUUUCAUUGACACAUUGGCCAAGAAUGGCUUGGUAGAGUGGGCAUUAUCUCUGCUUAAUGAUAUGACUGAGAUGGGUAUCAAGCCAAAUGUGGUCACGUACAACACGAUAAUUGAUGCAUAUGGCAAGUCUAAGGUUCUGGCUGAGGAGGAUCCCGAAGUUGGGGACAUGGGAAUUGUUGGGGUAUAUAAUGGCCAGAUCAUUAGAGCUGCUAAUCCAGUCGCAAGAGGACGGUCUGCCAUUGAUGUCCGGAUGAGGAGGUCACAGGAACUGUAUUUCAUUCUAGAAUUGUUUCAGAAGAUGGUCCAACAGGGUGUAAGGCCAAAUGUGGUUACAUUUUCUGCCAUCCUGAAUGCUUGCAGUCGCUGUAAUAACUUCGAAGAUGCAGCCCUAUUAUUGGAACAACUUCGUCUGCUUGAUAACUUUGUCUACGGUGUUGCGCAUGGGCUACUGAUGGGUCAUCAAGAAAUUUGGUCGCAAGCACAGUCCCUUUUUAGUCAGUUGGGGCGCAUGGAUUCAUCUACAUCUUCUGCCUUUUACAAUGCUCUUACUGAUGUGCUAUGGCAUUUUGGCCAGAGGCAAGGAGCUCAGCUAGUUGUGCUGGAAGGGGUAAAUCGCCGUGUUUGGGAGAACACAUGGAGUGAAUUUUGCUUGGACCUGCACCUUAUGUCGUGUGGAGCAGCUCAAGCAAUGGUUCAUGCAUGGCUUCUGAAUGUGCGCUCUAUUGUCUUUGCAGGACGAGCUAUGCCUGAGUUUCUAAGCAUCCUGACAGGAUGGGGAAAGCACAGCAAGAUAGCGGGCGCAAGCACUCUCCGCCACGUCAUCGAGGCGCUGCUCAACUCGAUCGGAGCACCGUUCCAGGUUGAGCGGUUCAACAUUGGGAGGUUUGUGUCGCCCAGCGCUGUUGUGGCUGCCUGGCUGAAAGAGUCCGGCACCAUCAACAUACUCCUCCUCAGCGAUGAGCGCGCACAGCAUCAGUCCAUCCCGUCCAAUCUGGUACCGAGACUGCAGGCACUGCAGUUGUAGUAGCCCCUAGGGCACGGAAUGCCGGGUAUCGUCUUGUCUGUAAGCAUUAAGCUCCCCCCACCUCUCUCCAGUUUCUCUUCUGCCUCUCAGAAGAUUGUAGUGUAUUAUAGGCUGAGUGAGUAGGACCUUGUUUUGUUGUUAAAUUUCGCAGAAUCAAUCGGCAGUGUGCCUUUCAAGUUCCAACUCCUUACAAUCAAGGGUGAAACGGACAAAGUUUAUUCAGAA